AUGACGCAUGCAUUUCUUCAAUCCGAAUUGACAAGCCUGAUAUCCGAGUCCAGAAGAAGAUACAAUGAUGUUCGCACCGCAGCUGAGCAGUCGCUCAGUGACCUUAAAGCCAUUUCGGUGACAUCAGAGUCACAGUUGGCUGGCGACUUGCUACGGCGACCUCAAUUCAUUGACCCUUUUGUCCUUGCCUGCAAAUCCAAGAAUGCCAAACUUGUCAUUAGUGGAACCAGCUGUUUACAACGCUUGACCGCCAGCAAAGCUAUCGCCCGGGCCAGGCUUCGAGAGCUUUUAGACGCCUUGCACGAUGCCGUGGCCUCAGGCUAUGAGCCACAGCUCAAAAUUCUCCAGACCCUGCCUUCGCUGCUUCAACUAUAUGAGAGCGACUUGCAUGACGAUUUGCUAGCAAAAGCACUGGAGACAUGCGCGGCUCUGCAGUCCAGCAAAGCCGCCAUCGUGAGCAAUACAGCCGCGGCGACCUUCCAACAGCUCGCGUCAACGGUUUUUGAUCAAGCAAGCAAGGGAGAGUCCACCCGCCUUUCCAGUGAUAGUAACUCGAAAAGCGACGAGAGAGACAAUGAAACACCCAAGGUCUUCUCAGACGACGCGACACGUUUAUUCAAUGAUUUCUGUCUGCUUCUCGAUCAACAGCAAGCGCAGUUUCUGAAGUUGGAAAGCCUCCCGUCGGCAUUGCUACUGGAAACACUGCAAAUGAUUUUCUCCAAUCAUGCAUCGUUCGUUGCAUCUCAGCUUGACCUUCUGCAUGAUGAACUGGAGCACCUCGUACAAGGACUCCUGCGGAUUUUGGCCCGAAGGGACGCCUUUGGCGAGGUUGUCCGUGCUUUGUCCAUCGUCUUCCUCAUACUCCAAAACUUUGCCAAUGAUCUCCGGACACACUUGCAGCCUCUGUUGUCUCUAGUUGUCGAGGGUUUGGAAAAAGAGGGUAACCCGUUGUGGAAACGUACGCUUUGCCUGGAGUUUUUCCGCAACAUAUGCUCGGAUUUUGGUGUUUUCAGAAGCACAUUUGAAUUGUUUGACAGUGUCAAGGAGGCGAAUGAUAAAGUCAUCGGGCAAUUCAUGUCUGCACUGGUUCGCAUUGCGGCAGAAGAUCCAUCUUUAAUUGGUUUGGGCCGACAAUCUACUGUACCUGUGCAAAGGACAAACGACGCCAAAAGCGAAGAAGCGGCAUCUAUCGAGGCCCAAGGUCUAGCUGGCGCUAUCACGUCUGUGUCUACAGGAGAUUCGAACACCACGGGGAUCAGCAUGGAAUGGAGUUUACCAUCGUCACCACUGAUGGACCAGCCUGAAAAGCACAACCCACCCGCCAUACCUAGCACCUACAUAUACUCACUCGUGUUGGGUUGCAUCGCUUCAUUUUGUGAAGGCAUAUCCAAAUUUGUCAUGCCUCUGAGCGUCCCAAGCCGUUCUGCACAACGAGAGGCUACAGAAAAUGCGCAAGGAGACGGUUCAGGGACGGAUCCUGUCGGUAACGGCGUCAACGGCUCUUCCAACAGAUCUACUAUCCCGACGAGCAAAUACCAUCGUCUUAUAAAUCCUCUCACAUUGACGCAUCACCCAGGAUUCCCUCAAAUCCAGACUUGUGCCGCCAUGAUCGAAGCGUGCUGGCCUGCAGCUCUUGCGACUUGCUCAACGUUUCUCAAUUCCGCUUUAGACGCAGAGUUCUAUCACAUUCUGAUACGGUCAGUUCAAAAGCUUGCUCAGGUCUCUGGUGUACUGGAACUUUCAACACCCCGGGAUGCGCUACUCACUACCUUGGCCAAGGCUUCCGUUCCAAAUAAUGCAAGCAGCAUUAUCUCCAACUCGCAGCACGCAAGGACACCUCGCAUUGGUGGGCCAGAAAAUGAUGACCUUCAUGACGAGGUUAAACCAGCUACAGAGGCUCCUCCCACUCCCACUUUUCAGGUCACCACUUCCCCUCUCAACGUACGGCAUUUGCUGUGCCUUCGAGCUUUGUUGAACCUGGGCAUUGCCCUUGGUCCGACGCUCGAACAGGAUGCGUGGUUCAUUAUCAUCGAAACCAUGCAUACGGUUGAAGCCUUAACAGCGCUGCCCACUGUGGCCCCUGCAACACCUCAGACUGCAAGUCCUCGCAUUGGAGGUCCCGGAAGCGAGGGUCAAGCUACUCUUGCUGGCGAGAUAGCGUCUGUGCAAGCCGCCACGAAAAGAAUGUUAGAGAGCACAAGAACGUACAACCGGGAGGCAUUCUCUAUAGUUGUUCAGGCAUUGUUCCGCCUCCUUGGCGAUACUGGCUCUGACACUGACUCGCCAUCAACGGAGGAGCUCAUCACAUCUCCUAUCUCGCCGGGCAGGCCUGGGCCCCGAUCACCGUAUCGGACAAGCCGUACCAUAUCGGCUUUGUGGACCAAUUCCAAGACAUUUGAUCUGGAGAUCGGCUUCGUUCUCGGGAAAAUCAGCGAGAUAUCACGCAUCAACAUCACGCGCUUCGUAUCUUUGUCGGAGCAGUCUUGUUCGUGGGACCUGAUAGGCCGGAGACUCUUGCGCAUUUUGCAAGACAGUGGCUUCCCCGGCCCUCACCGUAUCCACUCCGCCAGCAUUUUGGAUCUGGUAGCUAUGGAGACAAUGAAACUGCUUGACAACCCUCAACUUGACGCGAAGGAGGCAAAUACCGUCAGAUUUAGAUGUCUACAUUCAUUGCUGGAGCAGUUGCAAUCGCUUGAGCAGACCACGCUCAACAAAAUUGACACUGUGGGGCUGGAGAUUCACAAAAGACUGCUGGAGGCGCUGGAGACCAUCUUGAGUGAUAGCGGAGACUCGCUGGACAGUGCUUGGUCGACGCCGUUGACCAUAUUGUCAAUGACGUUCUUGAAAAGAGGACAGGCGUCACUGACAUCUGACACUGCCUCUGUCGAUCACGACGAGAGUGAUGAGCACAAUGGUCAAAUCCUGCGUGUUGCGUUCAGGUCCAUUCAGCUCAUCACGUCCGAUUUUCUAGGUGCUCUCACGAAAAGGUCGCUGUUCAGCCUGGCCCGGCUACUACGACAAUUUGGCUCCCAGUCUUACGAUCUCAAUGUGGCACUCACAAGUACCACCCUGUUAUGGAGUCUCACUUCGCAUAUAUUGACCAGCAUUGAGAAUAUAGAGCUUAGGGAAAUACCAGCCUCUGACACCGAACUGAAAGACGACUCUCCGAAUCCGACUUCUGACACACUAUGGAGCAUCACAUUACUACAGCUGGUCGCGUUAUGCAAGGACGAACGUUCUGAUGUUCGCAAUGCGGCCACAAGGGUACUUCUCAAGAUGCUUGAUGCAUCCAGUGAAAGUCUCGACCCAAACGCCUGGUCUGUCACUCUCGUAAUUGGGCCUUCGAGUGCCAUCCGCUAUUGCGUUCAGCAGUGUUUGUCGCAUGAAGAGGAUGCAGAGUGGCUCGCUUCAGCUGCCCAAUUGACCGACGGUACGGUGCAGCUUAUCUGUCAGAAUUUGGCCGUGAUCGUCAAGCAUGAAGCUUUCAAGGAUACGUGGCUUCGCAUCCUCGACAUAUUCGAAGACCUCCUAAGUUUGAGCUCUCUUUCAGCCUCAGCGCUGGCCUUCACCAGUAUCUCGAGGUUGUUGACUUCUCUACAGACCUUGGAGAAGGACAAAUCAGACUUGCUUGCACCCGUACUGCAAUUGUGGGCCUCAAAUCACCCUGCUGAAAUAUUACAGUCAAUUCACCCUGGUGAAAGGCGAGGUGAAGUCGAAAGUGUACCGAAUCAACCCGCGGUGACCGCACACAUCCAGACCAUCAUUGAAGCGGACAAGACCAGUGCCGAGGCGGUGGCGAACUUUCAACUCGACGAGCGUGAGAUGGUAUCUUUGUUGAUGGACUCAAUCGAAAAGACUGUCUUGUUGAGCACACACCCUGCCUAUACCAGCGAUGUCAAGUCCUUGGCGCCAGAACAGCAGGAAGCAUGCAGUGCACUGUUGAUUUUGAAGCGCCUGCUUGGCGGUGAUACUGCUCAGUAUUCCCGGUAUCUGCUUCGCCUCGUGAAGCUCAGUCUAUCUAUCCAAGCUGGAAAGGUCGGGACACAGACGAAGAAGUCGGCGAUUCACAAAGCGGUGCAGAAGCCCACGUUCAUAGCUUUUGCGAGUGCCUGCCUGGGAAGCCUGAAAGGCCUUGUGCUGGAGCAUGUCGACGAUGCCAAUCUCAUACACACGCUGGCCCUACAAGAGUCGUUCGAGACCCUGUCCGCAUUGAUCAAAACAAAGUAUACAGAUCUUCCGACCAACAAUCAGGCACCACUGUGGCGAAGUGCCACCGUCACGGCGGUGGUCACCUUGGAGGCUGUGCAAAAGCGUGUCAAGCAGAACAGCAGUGCUGGGAGUUUGUCCGAGCUUGGCAACUUAUCGGGUGCAGUCAUCACUGUGGCAUCGAGUGUGCUACAGCCCGGCGGCCUAGCCAAUCCACCGCUCAAGCACGGUGAAGAUACACUCCUCGACGACGAAAACUUCGACAUUGACCACUUCCGACUAUUCCAUGCCGCUGUUGUUGCUGUCUUUCAGCACGACGGGAUCGAUUCAGCAUGCCGCCAAUACGCCAUUACACUAUUCAAAGCAUCGCUGCUCUCGAAGCCGUGGUUCCACGACCUCCCGGAUAACCUCAGCGCCGAACCACUGAAAGAUCUGCUGAAGGUAAGGCCAGGCAGCUUGCACCAGCCUGUCUUCGCCGUCCGUCGUAGGACGUGCUACGCCGCGAUGGACGCCCUGUUUGAGCUUGUACAGCGACAUCCGGAACAGGAUGGCUCGGAGUCUGGCUCGGAUGAAUUGGCUCGCGCGGCGUGUCCGUACCUGCUUCUACGUGUGGUGCAUCCUUUGAAAACCUUCCUUGCCGACCAGCGAUUACGGGGACUCACCCCACCACCAAUGCCGCAACAGGUGGAGUUACAAACUGUUCUCACCAAGUUUGUUCAAUUGCGCAGCAAUACGAGGGCGCUUAGGGAUCUGACUGGAGGUCGUGGCGCAGAUGACAAGGGUGAUGGUGGUAAACAGCACUUGCGGAUCUUGUAUUCGUUUAUUUUACGGGUGCAGAAGUUCUGGCGUGAGCUACCAAGAUUGAAAGCCGAAGGCGCGUGGCAGGCUGAUGAGCCGGGCAGGGGCAUUGAGCAGGCGUUGGACCAAUGGAGCAUGGAUAUAGCGCAGACAUGGAGUGCCGAUUUGAGCGCGUAA